AUGCGAGUCGGCGUGCAUACUGGGAAGGUCAUUUGCGGUUUGGUCGGUACCCGGCGAUUUAAGUUUGACGUCUGGUCCAAUGAUGUGACAUUGGCCAACCAGAUGGAGUCCUCCGGAAUGGCAGGAAAAGUUCACAUUUCUGAAACCACACUUGAAUUUGUUAAAGAUAUCUAUCAAGUGUCUGAGGGCGAACCUGUACCUGAUAUUCGUAAAGUCAAGGUGUUGGUUGAAUACUACAACAAGGAGGAUCAACGCUAUGCCAUCAAACAUACUCAAGAUGAGUCUCUUAUCAGAACUUACUUCAUCGAGAAGCGUUUUGAUGGGAAGCCAAUCAUCACGUUGGAUAGGAGCAGGAAUCCUUCAGCUCCCAAUGAUUCCAAUAACGCACCCUCCUUCGUCAAAGAUCAGCCAAAGACCACAGUAGAUCCAGCAGUCGUUUCACCCAUUGGUUCUAACGAGGUGACUCUCACUGCUGCUUCAACUACCGCGGAAACCGAAGUGAAAUCACGUGGGUCAGACGUGGAGAUGCUCGAUGCACUCUGGAAUCUCUCAAAACCUGAAGAGGUCUUCAAGUUCCCACCAAUCUCUCGAUUCUCUCUCUGUUUUCUCUCUCAAUCAAUGGAGCACAUCUAUCGGCACCAAGUUCUCCGCAUUCCUCGCAGGUCGGUGCUUGUUACCCUCGCCACGCCCAGACUCACUCCUGUUACCAACGGACUGGCCCAUUUCUUCUUCUUUGUUCUCGUUAGUGUUGCUUGUUUCAUUAAUUUCCCCAAUCUCACCGAAAGGCAACUGAUCCUUGUCGCACCCUCGGUGGUCUUUGCCAUUGCUCUCUUUCUUAAUCUCCUCUUUAUUGUUAUCAUUAUUAUUGAUCUGUGCUCUUGGGGUGGGGUCUGCCCUGGAGCCAAUCGGGCUCUUCAAAAGAUCUUCCGGGGAAUGUUCAAUUGGUAUGUGAGGAAUACCAUGGGAGUUCUGGUCAUCUGCACUCCAGCUAUAUUUGUCCUCGCCAACUUUCAAAUUUGUCUCUUCUGGUUCAGUCGAUCGAAUGAUAUUACCGCCGUGGCAGAUUUCUCCAUUGGAGAAUAUCGAAUGGUUCAUGGGCUACUCUUCACAUUUAUGUUGUUCAACUUGACUCUCUUCCCUAACUUCUCAUCCUGGACAAAAUCCGUUUCCGCUAUGAUUCUCUGUAUCAUCGGUUGUUUACUAGUACACUGGCCAUUUGCUGGAAAUUUCUAUUACUGUCCGGACCAAGUGGCCGGUUUCGCAACUGUGACAACGGCUAGAGAUUUAGGCACAUCUCCUGUUUGGUUAGCUUCAGCUGAAAGCAGUCUAUUUCCCUGGGAAAUCACAGUUAUUCUCACCCUCAAUCUCAUUCUCAUUUUCUUUCUAAAUCGGGACAUUGAUAUUAGUUUCAGAGUGAGUUUCAACCGGGAUUAUGAAGCAAGUCAAGCAAAGAAAGCCAUCACAAGGGAGAAGAUGCAGGGAGAAUGGCUGCUAGAAGAUAUCAUUCCGCGGUUCGUUCUCACUGACCUGAGAAAGACAAACAAGUACUCUCAGCACGUGGACGAUGCAGCAGUCAUGUUUGCUUCGAUUUCAAACUUUUCCGAGUUCUACGAUGAACAGUAUCAAGGCGGUCAGGAGAUGUUGCGUGUGUUGAAUGAGAUCUUUGCAGAUUUCGAACAUCUCCUCUCUUCUGCAAGAUUUAAAGAUGUGGAGAAGAUCAAGACUAUUGCUGAAUGCUUUAUGGCUGCAUCGGGUUUGAAUUUGGUCCAAAGGGCUGAGAAUAAAUCUCCUGAUGAUCAUCUUUGUGCACUAAUGGACCUUGCAAUAGAGUUGCUGAAGAUCCUGGAUGAUUUCAAUCAGCAGAUGUUUAAUUUCCAGUUCGAAUUGAAGAUUGGAUAUAAUAUUGGGGAGGUGACCGCGGGUGUUAUUGGUACAACAAAACUCUUGUAUGACAUCUGGGGUGAUACUGUAAACGUCGCCAGCAGAAUGUACUCAACAGGUCGUAAAGGAAGAGUUCAGGUCACAGAACAAGUCGCGAAUCGUUUAUCCCAACACUAUGAAUUUGAGUAUCGAGGGAAGGUGUUUGUGAAAGGAAAGGGCGAGAUGCGAACCUAUUUAUUAGUAGGGCGAAAAUCACCUCCCACUUCCUAA